CAAAUUGAAGAUUUGAAAAUUGAUGAUGAUGAUAAUAAUGACUAUUCGUUGACUGAUAAUUUAAAUCUUAGUCAACUUGUUAAUUUAACUUUAUCUGAAUUUUUAUCGACUAAUAAUACUUUAUUUGAAUCUGCAAUUAAUAGAUUAUCUUCUCACGAAAGGGCUUAUAAUUUAGAAAAUAGAAAAUAUGAUCUGAUUCAGUUAACAUAG